AUGGGCACCGGUCAAGGGAAUCGACCUCCUCCCCCGAAUCAGCAACAGCAGCGACAGCAGGAGCAACUCCGGGCGCACUCGCCUUACCCACCACAGCAGCGAUACUACGCCCAACAACCACAACCGCAGUCGCAGUCGCAGUCGCAGUCGCAACCGCAACCACAAUCUCAAUAUCAGCAGCAGUUCCAACCAUACCAACCGCCGCAGCAACAACAACAACAAUACUACAACCCUCCCAGACAGCCUCAAUACGCUUCUAGGCCUACUUCCCCAAACCCGCCUCAACGCAAGCAGACCCCGCAGCAGCAAUAUCAGCAGCAGCAACAGUACCCCGCCCAGCAGCAAUUCCUCGCCGAGCUAGAAGUCCCAUCCUCCGCCCUGAGACCGACCUCACCAUCGACGUCAUCAUCCAACACUACCACAUCCGCACCGGCGCCGGGUGCCGGAACAGCCCAAUAUGGCCCCGUUGCCUACGAGAUGCCCGCCGACGACACCGUCACGGCCAAGCCUACAACCCAGAUCCAAAGGAAACCUCACAGGAUAGCCUCUGCGUCUUCCGUCACCGCACCAACAUCAUCAACAUCGCCGCCUUCAGCAUCCCCCACCACGGCCGCAACUACAACCAAACAAGAUGAUGUAGACCAACCAAAGCAAGAAGAGAAGGUUCAGCCGCCGCCACAGCCACCUCUUAUACAGGCAAAUCCAUGGGGGUUCUUUCUUGAAGAUGACCUCCCCUCGCGCAACAGCGACUCUCCUUCGCCGAGCAAGGAGGACGUCCCAUCGGUCCCACCCGAGGAACAGAAGCUAUCGGUAGAGCCGUUACGCAUCGUCAAGAGCGGCUCUACUGAGGACUCUAGCCGCCAGGGGAGCAUACUCUUGAACAGUACCGCAGAUGAUGUGACGCCCAAGCCCUUACAGCUUGCAGCAGUAGCGCCGGCAAGGCGGGAUAGCCCUGAUACGACUCAACUCAAACCGGCACCACUCAAGCUCGCACGCCCGCAGCCCCCGACUGCAGAACAUCGUCCCUCCCGGACCCCGAGCCCGGCCAACCCCGCCGCUCCGGCCGCCAACGUACCGCAGCUCCCGUACCCCGCCGAAGGUCUAUCUAUUCCCACGCCGGACUCGCACCCUCAGCACCAGCCAGGAACACAAGCAGGGGCUCCAACGACGCUUCCCUUUGGCAUUCGUCCUGCCGGCUCCCCGCCGCCGGUAUCCCCCUCCUUCGCGCCCUCGCGCCUCUCGCCAGCGCAAACGGGCGCCUCGGCACCACCACAACAGACACAGCAACCUCAACCCCAUCACCAACCAACUUACACCCAAGCCGCCCCCGUGUCUCCGGUCUUCGUUCAGGCUGCUCUGCCGCCAACGCUCCCCACACAAUGGCUCCCUCCACCGCCACCUCCCCAAGGCCUGUCACCAAACCCAACCGGCGUGCCACUGCCCCUGAGCCCACCCCCGACGCAGUAUCCUUACUCUCCAAAUAGUAUCGGCCCCCACUCUGCUCCCCUCCAACAGCAGUUCACGGGCUACAACAUGCCGCCCCCUAUCCCACAGCCGACCUACGUCAACGGAAGCCAACAGUUCCAACCGCAACCGACGCCGACACCGCCGCCCCUCCCGCCUCGCAACUCCCCGCCCAUGCCGGGUACGCCGCAGUCGGGCUUUGGCGCCCUCACGCCCUACUCCGGACCUCCUCCCCCGACCCGGCCAAACUACCAAGCCCCGCCGCCGAAAUCCGAAUCGCGCCUCUUCAGCAGUGCCACGGCACGGAAGCUUCUCACCAAGACGACCGAGCUCGUGGAUCAGACCAUCACGCCCUACCUUCAGGACAACAAGUACUACCGGCCGCCCUAUAACUGGUAUCAGAACCAGAACCCUCAGAACCAAAAUCAGAAUUCCCACAACCAGAAUCAGAACUACCAGAACCAAAACCACAACAAUCAGUAUCCGAACCGGCCGCAGACGGCAACGGGAUACCCGGCGCAGCAGCAGCAGCAGCAGCAGUACUACACGCAGCAGCAAAGCUAUGCCCCCUCUCAGCGUGUGUAA